UGCCCCGCGGUUCGGUCCCGGGGCUGCAGGGCUGAGGAGCCCGGGCGGCGGCCGCUCCCUGUCAUGCCUCCCCUGGGCUCCCGACGGAAGGCGGGGAGUUGCAGCUGCGUGGCGCACUGCCGCUCGUGAGCCGGGAAUCGCGGAAGCAGAACGGGAGGCAGGAAAUCUCGGCUCGGACUGACUUUCACUAAAUGUAAACUCUUGUGGGAAGCCCGGAGGCUGGCACGAGGAGUGGGGAAGCGGCGGAGUGCGAGGUGGGCUCCCAUUUUGAUGCCAGGCCGGUCCCUUGGCUUGUCAGGGAUCCAGCUUUCCCACUGUUUGCUCCGUGCCCUUUUCUGAUGUCGGAGAGGGUAUGAAAAUAGAGCAGCGAAGAUCUGUGUGACAAGAGCCAUUCCCUCCUCGGCGGGAUGCCCUUCUGUCAAAAUGACCACCUUCCUUCUGUACCCCCGUGCAAACUUCUAAGGAAAGAGCUGCAUAGUCCAAAUGCUGUGCCAUCUGUGCUGCUGCUGUAAAGCCUUUGGGAGCAGGCACACAGUGUUAAAGUUUGUUGUUUGGGUGUCCCCUGCGACCCUUCCGACGUAGGUUGGGAUGGAAGGCCUGCUGGAGAGAAUGUCCUGUGUGUACAGUGAUGCUCAGUCCCACACAAGACUCUGCAUCUUUUUGAAGGAGUUGAGGGUUUCUGGAAGACCAGAAGCAACUCAAAUAUGUGAACUGUCUGAGGAUUCUGAUAAAUCAAGUGCAGAAAGUGAUUCAGAAACUGAAGUGGAACAGGUCUCUGGAUAUCAUAAGCUCCUGGCUACCCUGAAGACCUCCCCUGAGUCUGAAAGCGAGGAAGAGGAUGAUGAAAGUGAAUCAGAAGAACCUGAGGAAAGUGAGGCAGAAAUGGACAGCGAAGGGUCCCAGGAGACUGGAGAAGCAGAGGGAGGUGAAGAAGAUAAGGAUGAUGUUCCAGAGGAGGAAGAAGUCACAGACACAGCAGAGCAGGUACUCAGCCAGGAGCAGGCUGAUGGCACAGAUACCUCUUGUGACCCACAUCAUGGAGUAAUUGAGGAGUUUACUGAUGUGAAACAUGAAUCUGAAUUUAGCUUGGAAACCAAUUUCAUGGAAGAGGAGAGUGGAGAUUGCAAUGCAGAUAAGAGAGACAGCAGUUCUUCACAAGCUCUUCCAGAAGAUCCAUUUAAACAGCACACGGACAAAGAACUUGAAGAUAAAGAAAUAGAGAAGAUGUCUUCGCUUCCUAAAACUUCAAGUCAAAGCCAGUGGCCAAGGGUGGGUCAACUAAUCUUUUCUUCCACUUUGGAGAAACAUAAAACUUUGAAAGCAGACAAAGAAGUUGAUGUGAAACAGCUUCAUCUCCACAAGCCUUUGGAAUCGACUUGGCCAAAAGUGAAUAAACAAUUUCUGUCCUCAGUGGACAAACCAAGCGAUUCCCCUUUUACCUCGUUACAAAGAGAGCUCUUCUGUAUCAUGAAUUCGUACCGGGACUUGCUCUAUCCAGAAAGAAAUGCUUUAACAAACGGAGAAGAAAUCCGGCAUGCUUACUGCCUGCAUGCCCUGAACCAUGUCCUCAAGGCCAAUGCCCAGGUGCUCAGCAACAACACCAAACGGAGGGACCGAAAGCCAGGGACUGACACCGAUGACUACAGGGAUCAGGGGCUCACUAGGCCUAAGGUACUGAUGAUAGUGCCCUUCAGGGAAUGUGCUCUGCGGAUUGUGCAUGCUUUCAUCAGUCUUCUCGAAGUGAAUGACAAGAAAAAAAUAGAUGUAAGCAAUAAAAAGCGCUUCAAAGGGGAGUUUGGCUCUGACCCAGAAGAGAAGCCCCCCAACCUGAAAAGACCUGAAGAUUAUGAAGCCAUCUUUUCUGGCAACAUUGAUGACCACUUCAGAAUUGGGGUUGCGAUUCUGCAGAAGAGCAUGAGGCUCUAUGCACCCUUCUACUCCUCAGACAUUAUCAUUGCCUCUCCCCUGGGCAUCAGGACUGUCAUUGGCGCUGAGGGGGAGAAGAAGAGAGACUUCGAUUUUCUGUCAUCAAUAGAAAUCCUCAUAAUUGAUCAAGCAGACAUUUACCUGAUGCAGAACUGGGAGCACGUUCUGCACCUGAUGAAGCACAUUAACCUGCUGCCUCUGGAUUCCCAUGGGGUGGACUUCUCCCGGGUGCGGAUGCUGAAUCUCAACAACUGGUCCAAGUACUACCGGCAGACGCUGCUGUUCAGCGCUCUCCAGGACCCCCAGAUUAACUCUGUCUUCAACAAACACUGCUUCAAUUACGCUGGGCAGGUUGCUGUCCGCAACAUGCCACUCACUGGCUCCAUCAGCCACGUUGUGGUCCAGCUUCCUCAUGUUUUUCGGAGAUUAGAAGCUGAAAGUGUAACUUCUGUGAUAGACUCAAGGUUUCAGUUUUUCAUUGACAAAGUUCUGCCCGAGUACCGCGAUGCCAUCAUGUCCCACACGCUCAUUUACGUCCCGUCGUACUUCGACUACGUGCGCCUUCGAAACUACUUCAAGAAAGAGGACCUGAAUUUCACUCACAUCUGUGAAUACACUAAAAAGGCUGCUGUCUGCAGAGCAAGGCGCUUCUUUCUCAAGGGAGAGAAGCAGUUUUUAUUGUUCACCGAGCGUUUCCACUUCUACAAAAGGUAUACAAUAAAAGGCAUUAGGAACCUAAUUUUCUAUGAGUUACCAACAUACUCCCACUUCUACAGUGAGAUUUGUAACAUGCUGAAGGCCACAGACAGUGGGGUGGAUGCUACCUGGACUUGCACUGUGCUCUACUCCAAGUACGAUGCUCAGAAAUUGGCUGCAGUGGUUGGCAUAGACCGCACAGCUCAAAUGCUACAGUCCAAGAAGAACGUGCACCUCUUUGUUACAGGAGAAAAUGAUUAAGUGAUCCUACAGACUGGGUGAUUGGAUGGACCUGCAUUUUGCUCCUAAUGCAGAUUUUUAUAUUGCUUUUUAAAAAAGUGUUAAGCUUUUUACUUCCUUUUGUUAAAUAUUCUGUUGAAAUUGUUCAUAUAGUAUUAAAUUUUGUAUUUCAGUACUCUGCCCAACAAGAAAUGAAGAGUGUCAUUCAAAAAAGCAGGGCUUAGGGGGUGUUUUCUGUGUAGAAACAAAAUCAAUCCAGAACUAUUUUUCUUGUAUGUUAAAAAACUCAUGGGUCAGUAAAGAUUCAUGCAGUGAUAAAUA